AACGUCGGUGGAAGGCAAAUGGCGGUCCUAGCUUCAUUACCACCGUCAAGGUCUCCGGUUCCCACUCCCUCUUCUUGGUAUCCAACGUUCAACCUUCAGGGAAACAUCCCCUCUUGAUUGAGCAUGCCACCUUCCAAUGCGGAGAAUGAGAUUAUCAUUCGCGAGGUCGUGAAAGACGUCUGGAUAUUCUCUCGACCGUUCAACCUCUUCAAUCGUUUGCCGGUCGGCGGUCGCUCCACCGCGAUCAAACUCAAAAACGGAGACGUGUGGUUAAUUGCUUCGACACCUCUUACUAGUUCUACGCGGAGCAAACUCGCUGAACUCGGGGUGGUUAGGUACAUAAUAGCGCCGAAUGCAUUUCAUAACUUGUUCUUGAAAUCGUACAAAGAUGCUUAUCCUGAAGCGAAAGUCAUUGGCCCAGAAGAGCUGAAUGAGAAGAAAAGGGCAGAAGGAUGGCAAUUAGAUGAAGUAUUCAACACUAGCGUACCAGACCCGAAACUUGGGUUCGAAGAUGAGAUCGAGCAUUGUUUCUUCGUAGGUUACAAGAACAAGGACGUAGCCUAUCAUCACAAGGCGUCCAAGACUGUUGUUGCAGCAGACUUACUAUUCAAUUUACCUGCAACAGAACAGUACUCCCAAACGCAGAAUAAGCCAUCUUUCCCGAUCAUCAAUAGUUGGUCGGCGAAUUCUUGGGUUAUGAGGAUGUUCGUAUGGCUCAAAGAGGGUGAUUUCGCUAGUGAGAUGCAGUGGAGUGCACGUAAAGUUGGAACUUGGGACUUCGACAGAUGGAUUCCUUGCCACGGAGAUGUCAUUGAAACGAAUGCGAAACAAGUAUUCAAGGAGGCCUAUAGGCGCUAUUUCUAAUUGUGUGCCUGUCUUCGUCUACCUAUUUAUUGGAUUAGGUUUCCUACUGUCAUUUCGUUGAUAUGAUAUUUGAAUCUUGAAUCUUGAAACCCCGAUGGUUCAUUUUUUACGUACCCAAUGGACAUCGUUUGUGGCCGCAACCUAAGAAUGAUUUGCGCUGCUGAUGCAAACCUUUCUUUGGCUAACUCGCAGGCCUCCCCGGUCGCCGUCCGCUCAAUGUUCAAACAUUUCCACCAUCCAAUCUUUGCAGGAUCGCCAAGCUCCACUCUAAUGCGGGUCAGGGGAACCAGCGCACACCAGCGUGUGCCCACCACGCCACCAGUCGGAGUUCCGACUGCAAUAUAAAAUUCAUAGACAU